CGAAAGUCAAACGUCACGUCAAGACGUCAACGGGCAAAUUGACAAUCUGUCACUCGUAAUUAUUUGAAGGGAUGUUAAAUUGGUAAAAAAUAACAACUGGCUUUGAUUGUAAAAUGUUAAAAAUAUUCGGUAGAAAUAAUAUGAAUAUCUUAGAUGUAUUUAAGCCUACUUUAUAUGGCGCUCGAAACCAUUCCCUUAUUUUCAAAUUCUUUUCUGUUCCUAAUGGCUCUGGAGUUGUAACAUGGAAUAAGAUUUUCGGACGUAACGUAUAUGAAGAGAAAGACAUGGGAGUGAGGUACAAAAGCGAUGCAAAAUCAACUCCAAAGACUGUAAAGGUACCCCCUGUACCAACUCAUGGUGAAAAAGUGUAUAAAGUCGGAGAAAAAAGACCAUAUUCUCCAUUCCAUUUUCCGGGACAGACGCGGGCAGAGUGGAUGGUAGCGCGGAUGGACGACAUCCUUAACUGGGGCCGCAGCCGAUCCUUGUGGCCGCUAACCUUCGGCCUAGCCUGCUGCGCACUUGAGAUGAUGCACUAUGCGGCACCCAGAUACGACAUGGAUCGUUUCGGCAUGGUGUUCCGGGGUUCGCCGCGUCAGACCGACGUCAUUAUCGUGGCGGGCACGGUCACCAACAAGAUGGCGCCCGUGUUUCGCAAGACGUACGACAUGAUGCCGGAGCCUAGAUGGGUCGUGUCCAUGGGAAGUUGCGCAAACGGUGGUGGUUAUUACCACUACACGUACUCUACAGUGCGAGGGGCAGACCGCAUCGUACCGGUGGACAUCUACGUGCCAGGCUGUCCGCCCUCGGCGGAGGCGCUGCUUUACGCCAUGUUACAGCUGCAAAAGAAGGUCAAGAGAAUGCGGGUCGUACAAACCUGGUAUCGACAUUAGACUGCAUACAGCGUAUUUGAUUUAUUAAAUUACACUAUUAUUAUUAAUU